AUGGAAAUGCUAACUGAAGAAUUGCUCAGCUUCCGGCCCCAUAAAGGCUGCAGUGCAAAGAACAACAUGAUAUCUUUGACAGAUGCCCACCUCAGAAAGUCCGAAGUUAGCAGUGGCUUGUGUGGAGUCAAUAUUGAUGAGUGUGUUAACAACACUGUGUGUGACAGUCACGGCUUCUGUGACAACACAGCCGGCUCUUUCCGCUGCCUCUGUUAUCAGGGCUUUCAAGCCCCACAGGAUGGGCAAGGGUGUGUGGAUGUGAACGAAUGUGAGCUGCUCAGUGGUGUAUGUGGGGAAGCUUUCUGUGAAAACGUGGAAGGGUCGUUCCUGUGUGUGUGUGCCGAUGAGACCCAGGAAUACAGCCCCAUGACGGGGCAGUGUCGAUCCCGGGUCACAGAAGAUUCAGGUGUGGAUCAUCAGCCCAGAGAAGAGAAGAAAGAGUGCUAUUAUAACCUCAAUGAUGCCAGUCUCUGUGAUAACGUGCUGGCCCCCAACGUCACCAAACAAGAGUGCUGCUGUACAUCGGGUGCUGGCUGGGGAGACAACUGUGAGAUCUUCCCUUGCCCGGUCCAGGGGACUGCUGAGUUCACGGAAAUGUGCCCUAGAGGGAAAGGAUUUGUCCCCACUGGAGAAUCCUCUUAUGACACCGAUGGGGAGAACUACAAAGACGCUGAUGAGUGCCUGCUGUUUGGAGAGGAAAUCUGCAAAAAUGGUUACUGUUUGAACACUCAGCCUGGGUAUGAGUGCUACUGCAAGCAAGGGACAUACUAUGACCCUGUCAAAUUACAGUGUUUUGAUAUGGAUGAAUGUCAAGACCCUAACAGUUGUAUUGAUGGCCAGUGUGUUAAUACAGAGGGCUCUUACAACUGCUUUUGUACCCAUCCAAUGAUCCUGGAUGCCUCUGAGAAGAGAUGUGUGCAACCAACUGAAUCAAAUGAACAAAUAGAAGAGACCGAUGUCUACCAAGAUCUGUGCUGGGAGCAUCUGAGUGAGGAGUACGUGUGUAGCCGUCCUCUUGUAGGCAAACAGACGACAUACACAGAGUGCUGCUGUUUGUACGGGGAAGCCUGGGGUAUGCAAUGUGCUCUCUGCCCCAUGAAGGACUCAGAUGACUAUGCCCAGCUGUGCAACAUCCCUGUGACAGGGCGGCGGCGGCCAUAUGGACGGGAUGCGUUGGUGGACUUCAGUGAACAGUAUGGCCCAGAAACAGACCCUUACUUCAUUCAGGAUCGCUUUCUAAACAGCUUUGAGGAGCUACAGGCUGAGGAGUGUGGCAUCCUCAACGGCUGUGAAAAUGGCCGCUGUGUGAGGGUCCAGGAGGGUUACACUUGUGACUGCUUUGAUGGAUAUCAUCUGGAUAUGGCCAAGAUGACCUGUGUCGAUGUAAAUGAAUGCAGCGAGCUGAAUAACCGGAUGUCUCUCUGCAAGAACGCCAAGUGCAUUAACACAGAAGGCUCCUACAAAUGCUUGUGUCUGCCAGGCUUCAUACCAUCUGACAAGCCCAACUACUGUACGCCACUGAACACCGCUUUGAAUUUAGACAGAGACAGUGACCUAGAGUAAAGGAGAAGAAGCUACAUAACCUAUGCCCAUAUACUCUGCACUGUGUAAAGGAAAAGGGAGAGAUGUAUACUUGAGACACUGCACCUAACCCAGAACGUUGGCAAAGACGGAAACAAAUUGGAGUUGAGGGAACCCCCAAAGACAGUGAGCAGGAACCUGAGAGGUGCGACAGACCAAAUGGACAUUUCUUCAGAAACCCAGUAUAUAUAGUCUGUUCAUAUGUAAAAUUCAAUGGAAAAGAGGCAGGACAUGGCUGUCAUUUUAAACAGAGGUUGUAUUAUUAUCUUGUUUUGAUUUUUUUUUUUUUACUGUUGCUUAAAUUUGGCUUUUAAAUAGUGGUGGAAAUGUUUUAUAUGAUUCUUCUUUUUGCUGUGCAGAUCCUCAGCUACCGUUUUUUUCUUCAGCAAUAAUCUCAAGUGCAAACAUCUUUGAUAAAAUAUUGUUAAACUGUAUUAUAAGUAAUAUGACACAGGGUUGUGCUGUUCCUUGGUCCGGAGACUUUGAAAAACAAAUUGUCUGUCCUGUGGAGCAGGCAGUGACUGUUAAACUUUUAUAUACAUUUGGAGAGGGUGGGGAAACACCUUUAUUUUCAGUGUCUUACCAGAUUGCCUGUCAAUUGGAUCCCUUACUUGGAUGGAAACUUAAGAGCUUCUUAGCAUUCAUUAGUAUUGUGGUGUGUAAAGUCAACCCAGAAAAAUGUCAAAACCUGAACAUCGCCCCCAAAUAUUUACCAUUGUACGUUAUUAAACAAAUAAAAAUCACCAUUUUUGUAGGAAAAAAAACUGUGUGUGGAAGAAGUUGUCCACUUCCUCAUAAUAGCUCCCCACCCCCUAUCCCCCAGCUCUUAUUUCUUAACCAGUGGUCCUCCAUUGUGUUAGGCUUCUGUAAGUUAGGACUUGUUAGCUACUGUUACAGGUUGCUAAUUUCCCUCUUAAGUUCCACGGUGAAGUGCUAAAUCCCCAUGCUUUAGGAUGCAUGGACUCUCUCUGUAGACAAGAUCUCUAAGGAGGACAUCAAAGUUACAGGAGACCAGUGGAGUAAACUGUUAUAAGACUACAGGUACCAAGACUUGGUAACUGUACCAAGACUACAGGUGUCCUUAGGUGACAAGGACAAAAGAACACGUGCAAAGGAAAAGUCACUUGAAGAGGGCUAGAAGGCGACCAUCUUACAAAAGAGGGAGGCCUCAGAGGGAAGUCAACCCUGCUACAGAUCUUGACCCCUAGUCCAGAAUUAUGAGAAAAUAAACUUGUGU